AUAAUAAAUAGGAUGGUGGCGGAUCUGGCGCGGAGCUAUUUAUAGUUAUUACUAAUGCACUAUCUGUAUAAGGGUGGAUCCCGUGUACUUUAGAUGGAAGGAAACUUUUACGGACGACAGAUAAUAAAUAGGAUGGUGGCGGAUCUGGCGCGGAGCUAUUUAUAGUUAUUACUAAUGCACUAUCUGUAUAAGGGUGGAUCCCGUGUACUUUAGAUGGAAGGAAACUUUUACGGACGACAGAACUCAACGAGUAUGGGGUUUACGGAACGAAAUCGCACGGAGCUGGAGGAGAAAGGCUACACCGUGGUGGAAAACGUUCUCACCGAAACCGAAUGUGGGGAAUACAUCCGGGCAUUCAGGGAUUGGCUCACCGAAUUCCCGGAGGGCGAAUGGCCGUCCUCCGCUCAUUCUCUCAUUCAGGAAUAUAACAUUGGCCAUCAUGAGGCUGCGUGGAGUACCCGCCUCAAAGCUAAAGCCGUCUUUUCCAAAUUGUGGAAGACGGACAAGCUUCUUACUAGUGUCGACGCCAUUGCAAUAGGCCGGCCGCCAGAGGACGGAAAAGAGCUAUUCGCGGAGGAAGGUCUCCAUUGGUUACACGCUGAUCAGGAUGCAGAGAAGGUUGGUCUGCAUGCUUACCAAGGGACAGUGUACCUGGAGGCGGUGGCUGAGGACGACUGGACAUUCCACGUGAUGGAAAGGUCACAUCUCUACCUCAAUAGUCUCUAUGACCGGAACCAGAAAGCAGCACUAGAGAGUUCAAUUAAUAAAAACCAUUACAUUCGGGAUGAUGACGAAGAAUGGCUUAUCUCUAAAGGUUGUGUCACAAAGCGUGUGGCGGUACCACGUGGGGGAAUGGUUCUGUGGGACUCGAGACUUAUACACGCAAAUGCUCGUCCAAAAGAAGGGAGGGCACAUCCAGAUAGGUGGCGCUUUUGUGUGAUGGUCUGUAUGACUCCGGCAGCGUGGGCGACCGAAGAGGACCUGGAGACCAAGAAGGAGGCUUACAGGGACGUAGCCAUGACAACACAUUGGCCUUCACAAGAUGUUCAGAUCAUGUCUUCUUUAUUUCCUUCAAAAUAUUCAAAUAAUAUCGGCUGGUUGAAACAACUCCCAGAAAAUGCAAAAACAACGGAAGUGAAGCAGAUGUGUGGUGUGGUGUCGUAUGAUUUCAAAGACGGCGAACCAAACGGCCCCGAAUGGAUUCCCGUUUGGAAUAAGGACAGUAACCAGGAAACAAUGCCGUAACUCAUGAUGUUAAAAGAGACUGGUCAUGACGUCAGGGAUAAGUCUUUUGGAUGGCUUUGUAGCUUGGGCUGUGAUCAAGUACGUUAGACAAUGAAUAGAAAACAGUUUUAGAUCUACAUGAAGGAUAGAAAGCCAUGAUGGAACUGGUCCUAAAAUCACAAUUUCACACUUACAAUACACGAAUACAAUGUUGAUUUACGAAUACGAGGGAGGAAAGGCCCAACUAGUAUAUCUAUUAGGUUGAUAUUUAUACUAUAUUUAUAUUUAAUCUGCCCAAGUUUGCCGAAUUAUUUAAUUGUGAGCAAUACAUGAACCCCGUACAAUAUAAAGAGAUAAGGAGAAGGUGAAUUGGUGAACAGAGAUGAGAGGGACAUACCAGAUGGCGCAUGGCCCAUUCUAACAUCCAAUGAGGGAUGAAAUGGAUACACUAUCAUCUGUCCCUCAUACUGUCUGCAGUAUUGGUACCAAUGGGACGAAAAUGCGUCUUGACAAUUUGCCAUUUGACUUAACACGUUUCUUCCAUCACCAUCAGCGGUCGUCAAAGCUCAGUCAUUUACAAUCUUUGCUUGAAAAAUAAAUCAGACUUUCGAGAGGUU